GUAGCAAAUAACUCGCCUUCUUUCCUCAUCCUCUUUUGUUCUACCAACUCUCCGAAAGCGGUGUGGAGCAGAGCUCGAUCCAGAGAAACUCCAACCGAUAUAUCAAUUCGCAUUUCAACCCGAUCCGGAGAAAGUGUCGUAACGGUUGAAGUGAAGGGCAUGCACCCUUCAAAUGCGUUGCCUAAACAUGACAUUAAUCAUUACUUGAACUUAUUGGAUAGCCCAAACCAUUGUAUGUUGGCUUCCUCGCCUAUUGUUAGAAGACAGCAGUUCUUGAUAAGGUCUCUAAGAGGACACCACAAUCGAACCAAUAUGGAAAGAACACUGGAAACAAAAUGUGCAAAUGGGACUGCUGCUGAAGCUGAUGCUGAGAAUAUUUUAAGGAGAAUUACUCCCGCCCUUGACCCAAGUCGGCAUAAAGGCCAGGCGGGGAAGAUAGCUGUUUUUGGAGGAUGUCGCGAAUACACAGGUGCUCCAUAUUUCGCCGCUAUAUCAGCCUUAAAAAUUGGUGCAGACUUGUCACAUGUUUUUUGUACAAAAGAUGCUGGGGCAGUUAUAAAAAGUUAUAGUCCCGAGUUGAUUGUGCACCCUCUGCUAGAAGAAUCAUACAGUGUCAGGGAUGAUGAAAAAGCUUCAGUCUCUAGCAAGGUUCUUUACGAAGUUGGUAAAUGGAUGGAAAGAUUUGAUUGUAUUGUUGUUGGCCCAGGCCUUGGGAGGGACCCUUUUCUUCUGGGCUGUGUGAGUGAAAUCAUGAAGCUUGCACGACAAUCUAACACUCCAAUUGUCAUUGAUGGGGAUGGUCUCUUUCUUGUCACAAACAAUCUUGACCUGGUUAAAGGAUAUCCCUUGGCUGUCCUAACUCCGAAUGUGAACGAGUAUAAGCGCUUGAUCCAAAAAGUGCUUGAUUGUGAAGUGAAUGAUCAAGAUGCUCCUCAGCAAUUACUAUCCCUUGCAGGACGGAUUGGUGGUGCAACCAUACUAAGGAAAGGGAAGUCCGACCUUAUCAGUGAUGGUGAAACAGUCACUAUGGUGAGCAUGUAUGGAUCUCCUCGACGUUGUGGUGGCCAAGGUGAUAUCCUUUCCGGAAGUGUUGCGUUAUUUUCAUCUUGGGCGAGACAGCAAACUUCAGCAACAGAUGAUUCCAGUAACAGUCCACGGAAUCCAAUGGUCUUGGGGUGUAUAGCCGGUUCUUCACUCCUCAGGAAGGCUGCCUCGCUUGCUUUCAUGAAUAAGAAACGUGCAACCCUCACAACAGAUAUCAUCGAGUACUUGGGUAAAAGUUUGGAGGAUAUAUGCCCUGCCAGCUGAUGUUUACUAGUUUUGGGUCACAAGGUAAUGGAUUUAGAACGGCUCUAAACAUGAAAAUAUUUAAAUAUUUAUGUUUUUAAGUAGAAAGAGCGGUUAUUUCCUCUC